AUGAAUAUAAAGGAAAGAAAAGUCAAAUGCAGCAAAAAUACAGCACAGAUUUAAUAAUUGAAACAAAAAUUAGAAGAAUUUCUGAUAAACCAAGACAAUCCCUCAAAAAAAUUAGUGAUACAUCCUAAGUAAUAAAUGUUAAGAGGUGGCGGAUGUGGAAGUUCGAUAGAAUUAGCUUCUUAACCUCUUAAUUUACCAAGUUAUAUUCCAGUGAAUUUUUCUUCAAAUAUUAAAAAGUAUUCAGAUAUAAUUGUCGAAAAAGCAUCUAUAAUAUUUGAUAAAAUGAAAAAAAAUGAAGUUUUGAUAGCACUUUUAUGGUUUUAAGAUAACGCUAUAUAUAUUUAGUCGUUGUGUUUGAAUGAUUAAAUGACUUUAAAACAUUAUCCUUUAAUUGAAAAAACUUUAGAAAACUUAAUGAAAUGCCUUGAUAUUUAUUUACAAAGUUCAGGAUAUUUAUUUUAUUAGUUACUAUAAAUUUGUAAUUGUUUAAUAAGAGUUAUUUUUUCUUAUCAAUUAAAAAACGAAGAUAGAUUUUUGCAAGAGAACUUAAAAUAAGUUUUUUUAGAAUAAAUUGCUAAUAUUGAAACUUUGAUGUAAAUAGAAUCCACCAACAUUUGGAUCACUGGUAUUGAAUUUGAAAUUUAAUUGAUAAAAACGUGGCUCUCUCAUUGUCGGACUAAUUCUGAGAAACCUAAAGAAUUAGGAUUAGCUGUAUUAAGUGGAAUAGUAUCAUCAAUUGCAUAACUUAAGCCUAGUGAUGAAUUAAUAUAAUCUUUAAUUGAAAGUGCUAAGUUUAUAUUGAUGAAUUUUUUUGAAUGUUAAAUAAAGAAUCCAAUAUAAAAAUAUGAAAUAUAUUACUUUUUUGAAAGCUUGAAAUGGUCUAUUUUAAAUUAGUUGUUGAAAGGCUGUUCUGUAUAAAAAUAGAUUAAAUAAAUUGAAGAAGGUUAUAAAAAAUAUAUAGAACCAUCAAAAGAUUGGAUGAUACAUUUUUGUUGGAUAAAUGUUAUAUCUGACUUAAUUUCAUAUAGACCUAUAAUUAACAAGAAAAGCAUUCCAAACAUAAUUAAAUCCACCUAACCAGAUUAUGAAAUUUUUAAAUAGCUAUUAAAUUCCUAACAUAUUGUUUCUAUUCCUUAUGAUAAAAAUUAUGCAAGAGUUUAAAUUUUUAAUGUAGAAAAAUCCAACUAUUAAAUAUUUAAGGAAUUAAAAAUAUUUUAAGAGUAUCUCAUAUCUGAAGAAGUUCAUUAACUCAAUUUAUGGCAUAAAUAUAUAAAUUUUGACAUUAAUAAUAAAUAAAAUUAUAAUAUAAGCAAAUAUGAUUUAAAUUUAUAGUUAUUGAGAAGUUAAACAAAUUGUGAUGAAAUCUUUAAGUUAAAUACACUUUUAUAACAUUUAAGAGAUGAGAUUUUUAAAUUAAUUGAUGAAGUAAUAUAACAGAAAAUAUCAUUAUUUAAUAUUAAAAAGGAUUAAAAUAUAUAACUUAAUAUCUAAAAAUAAGAUCUAAAAUGUGAAUUAAAAUAAUUAAAAUAAAACACCUUAUAAUUCAUAUAUAUUUGUAAUGAAAUUGAUAUCAAAUUAAAUUAAGAAAAAGUUAAAAUUAGCUUAAUUAUGGAAACUUUAAAAUCAAAUGAAGAAGCUUGUUUAUUACAAUCACAAUUGUAAUAUAAUUUAUUUGUUGCUUCCUUUGAUAAAAUAAAUUAAUCUUUUUAAUAAUUGAAAUUCAGUUAACUAUUUGAUAUUUGGUUUUUCUUAUUGAAAUUUAUACAUUUAAAUUAUGAUGUUUUAAAGCCAGAGGAUUAAAAAGAAUUAGAGGAAGGAAAUUCUUAUUACUAAGAUAAAUUUAAAUCUACUGUUACCGAGAUAACUAUUCAAGUAAAUACUUUAAUUAAUUUAAUAAAAGAAUUAUAAUCAAAUUUUACAUCAAUAUUAUGCCAGAAAUCAUUUCAAUUAGUAAUUAAAGAAAAAAUAUCAAUUAAAAUGCUGUCAGGGAAAUUAAAAGAAAUUUAUUAAUUAUCUUUUUUCAAAUAAAUGAUAGUUUAAUCCAAACAAUUUAUUUAAUAAAAUUUCUCAAUUAAAAAAUGUAAAUUAUAGUCAAAAAACUACCAAUAGUAUUUAUAUGAGUCUAGAAGUCUUAUUGUUAUUAUUUUUACAAUUUAUCGACUGUUAUAAAUAAAUAGUAUAAAAUUAAAAAUAGUUUAAGAAAAAUUAACUAAAUUAUUGAGUUAAACAGAAGAAAAUAAUUCAAACAGCAAAAGUAAGAAAAUUUUUAAAGAUUAAAUUCUUAAAAAAAUAUAAAGCCAAAUAGCCAAAUUAGAAUUAAUUAAAAGUAAGUCUAAUUAAGGAGAAACUUAAGAAUAUACUAAUGUUAUUUAAUCAAUUCUUUAAGAUAUUGAAUGGAUUUCUAAAAGUGAUUUCGAUUAACUUUUUAAAAAUAAUUUUAUCAUUUCCUUUUAAGAAGUAUUUAAUAAAAUAUAAAUGAUUUUAUUUGUACCCAACAAUAAAAAUGAAAUUUUACAAGAAGUCUUAGACAGUUAUGAAUAAAAAAAAAAUGAAAUUUUGAAAAAUGAAGAUCCAGAACCUAAAAUGUAGGGUGAGAAACAAUCAACUAAUAACUCUAAUAAAAAUGAAAAUUAUUUUUCUUAAGAACCUGAGUUAAUUAAAUCUUUAAGCAAUAUUUUGUAAAAGACAAAAAAAAUAAGAUUUGUAUUAAAAUCUAAUUUAAAUAUUCUUUAAAUGAUGCAAAAUGAUCAAAAUAAAGAAUAAUUCUAAAACAAAAAUACUUAAGACACUUCAAAUAUAGAACCAAUGCUAAAAAAUCUUUAAGAGCAAAUUUAAAAAACAUAAGAUCAAUUGGAAAAUAUUAAUUAGAAUAUCUUUGAUUAAGAAGAAUAAAGUACACUUAAUUAAUUAUAAUAAUGCGAUUUAUAUUAAUUUUAUUUAAUAUUAUUUGAUUCAAAUAUCAAUCAAUCAAAUGUAAUGAACAAUUAAUUUGAAGAAAUCAAACUUGAUGAGAAUUUGAAUUUUAUGUUUUAACAAUAAAAUUAGGAAUCUUUUUAAUAAUAAAAAUUAAGGAUAUUAACUUUGUUUGAUAAUAAUUCUCAUAAAGUGAGAGAAUUGCUUGCAUUUAAUUUGAUUAAAGCUUAAUAUGUUAUUUAGGAGGGAACUAUAUAAGAUAUAUGUUCUAACCUUUUAAAACAAAUUUGGAUUAUUGAACAAAAUCUUAGUGUAAGGAAAGUGUUAUAAAAUCAAGAGAUGAUUGAAAUGCAAAAAUAAUUAUUUUCAAAAGAUCUUUCUUUAUUUUCAAAUUAAUUAAAACAAGAUAUGACAAAUAAAUUAAAUUAAAUUGAGGAAUUAGAGAAUCAAAUCUUUUAGAGUGAUAAUUCAGAGGAAUUAUAAAUUUAGUUUUAGCAGGCUUAUGAUGAAUUUGAAAUAUUUUUAGAUAAUUUAGAUGAUAUGUCUGAAAAAUUAGAUAUAUAAAUGAUAUUUUUAAAGGAUAUUAGCAAAAAUUUGUAAACAAUUAAAUGUAAACUAGAUCAAUUAAUAAAAAAUGUAUCAGAAAUUGGAAAAGAUGUUAGAAAAUUAAGAGGUAAGAAUGUUUAUGAAUUAUUAUUAUUAAGAAAAGAAAAAGUAUUAUAAUAAAAGGAAGAAAAUGAAUUAAAUUAAAUUUAUAUUGACUAGAGAACAUAGGAGUAUGAUCCAAAAACUGGAUAAAAAGUAACUCUGGAAAAUGAUAAAUAUACUCCUUAAAUCACAUUUCUUUUUAAAGACGAUUAAAAUGAUUAUGAGGGUGAAAUGAAUGAAUUUUUAUGGGACGAAAAAGAAAGAUAUAAAGAUGUAUUAUUAUUAAAAGGAAAAGCUGGUUCUGGUAAAAGCAGAGCAGCAAGAAAUAUUGAAGAAUUUUUAUGGAAAUUUGAUACUUAAUAACCAAAUUGGUAUCCAAUCUAUAUUUCUUUACCUUCUUUAAAUGAUCCAUUACAUAAUUUAAUUGAUUAAGGAUUAGAAUCAGAAAAUUACAAUUUUGAUAAAUUAUAAAUAAGAGAAUUUAAAGAGGCAAUCUAAAAUGAAAAUUUAAAAAUUGUUUUGAUAUUGGAUAGUUAUGACGAGAUGAAAAAUGAAUUUAUUUAAACAAACUUAAUUACAACAAAUCGUUUGAGUUAAGAUCUAGGUCUUUAAGAAUCUGGAUAGAAGAUCAAAGUUAUUAUUACUUGUAGAGAAGAAAUAUUAACUUCUUCAACUUAUUAAUCUUGGUUUUAUGGAAAAAGUAUUGAUUCAUUUAAAGAAGUUUAAUUGGUUCCAUUUAAUCAAGAACAAAGUAGUCGUUACUUAUAAUUAUUUAUUAAAAUGAGUAUAAGAAGAGAGUUAUUAUAAUUUUAUGAAAUGAUUAAAUAAUUAAAAGGCAGUGGAUUUAUAUUUUCUGAAUUUAGAAACAUUUGUUCAUAACUAGAUAGUUUAAUAAAUGAAAUUUUAUAAAAUUCAUAAAACUAGGAUGUACUUGUAUAAGAUCAAGAUGCAAAAAAAAUAAUCAAGAAAUUAAAAUAAAUACCACAAUUUCAAUUUGUUAAAGAUCAAUAAUUUUUGUUUUUAUAAAAAGGACUUCUUUCAUUAUGGAGUGAAUAAAAAUUCAUCUAAAUUAUCCAAAACUUAAAAAUUAACGAUUUUUUGAGAACACCAUUUAUGAUGGAAAUUAUUGUAUAAAUUUUACCAAAAAUAUCUUAAAACUACUAAAAAUCUUCAACAAUAAGAGAAUUGGUGUAAAAUAAUUAUAAAAAAUUGAAAUAUUAAAUACUUUAAUAAAAGCAAGUGUUAUAAAAUUACCAAUAAAAAGACACUAUAAAAAUAGAAGUCAAUUUCAAUUAAGUUAUUGAAAAACAAUUAUCUGAAAUUAUGUUAGAAUUAGAAGGUCAAUAAUUUUUUGAGAAAUACUAAAUAUCUUCUAAAGUAGAGGUUGAGGAUUGUCUCAUAAUACAAUAAAAUGUGGAAUAUAAAUUAAAAUUUGAUGCUGAAGUAAUUUAUUAAGCUUUAAAAAUUAAUUAAUUCACUACCUAUGAUUUUUAUCAGAUGUUUAUUAAUUAUUAUCAUUAGCAAUAGCUAUAAAAAUGGAUGCAAUUAGGAAAAAUAAAUAAUUAAGAGAUGAUUUCAAUUGAUUUAUUAGAAUUUUCUUAAUCUUUAGCUUUAGAUAUGAUGGUACAUCAAUAAUUUUAAGUGAAUUACCAGCCAAAAGGAAGAUUAACACUUACUUCAAUAAAUUAAUAAAAUUUGAAAAAACAAUUAUAAUGGGAAGAUUAAUAUUUUAGUGAAUUGGAUUCUGAUUCUGAUUACAAACAGUUAAUAAAAAAAUGCAUUCUAUUAAGUUCUAAAGGAAGUUAACAUUAAUUUACUCAUAAAUCAAUAUAAGAAUAUUUUGUUGCAAAAUAUAUAUUUAAUAUAUUAGAAAAUAUAUACAAUAAUAAAUUGAGCGAUGAAUAAUAAAUUGAUACAAAAUAACUUGAAAAUAGUUUGAUGAACAAUGAUUUAUUUAAUAUGUCACAUGAACAUUUUUAAAGUGCUUUAUUGUUACUAAAAGAGAAACUAUAAAAUAAAGAUGAUAUUACAAAAUUAUUGGUGUCAUUAGUUCAGCUAUCAAAGUAAAAAGACUCAAAGUUUAUUCGUUUAGCCUCAAAUUCUAUAUUUCUUUUGAGUUUUUUAGGGAAAAAUCUAGGAUUAUAAGAUUUCGAUUCAGUUUGUAUAUCAGAAACAUACAUAAAUGGACUUAGCUUUUGUGAGAGUAGGCUAUCUAAGACCUAUUUUAAUUAAGUUUCUAUUGAUUCAUGUAAUUUUAAUAAUGCUAUUAUAACUGAUGCAGAAUGGACUAAUAUAAUUACUAAAGAAAGAAUUACAAAAGAUUAUGAAGGUGAAAGAUUUUUUGAAAUAGUUUUGAGUGAAAAUGGAGAUGAAUUUUAUACUUUGAGUUAGUUUAAUGAGCAUUAAAUAAUACUUAGAUAAUUUAAUUUUAAGUUGGACUAAAAACCAAAAGAAAGAAAAUUUAAUUUGAAAUUUAAGGAUGAGAUUAAAUCAAUUUAAAUAGCUUAAAAUUUAUCAAUUAUGUGUUGCUAAACAGAAAGUUCAAUAUAACUCUGGAAUUUGCAAGAUUAAAAUAAUAAUAUAAACAAUAAUGAUGAUUGUAUUAUUCUAAGAGAUUAUAAAUACUUAAAUAGAAAAGUUUUUCUUAGUUAGGAUGGAAGUUAAUUGUUAAUAAAAAUGGAUAAUAUAAUUAUUUGGUUUAAUGAACUUACUAAUUUAAAAAUAAAUAAUACCUAAACAAAUACUGAGUCAAUAAUUGAUUUGGAAAAAUACGAGAGCUUUAAAAUGGCAAUUUCUCUAAAUUUAAAACUAUUAGUUAUUCUAACCUAUAAAAACAUUUGGUUGUGGGACAUACAAGAUUAUCAAAAUAUCACAAAAGUCCAAGAAAUUAAAUUCAUUAAAGAUACAACUAAAAACAGUGUUGCUUUUUCUAAAAAUGGAAAUAAUAUUGUCAUAACCACAAAAUAUUUUAACACUAUUUUAGAAAUUGAAAAUUAAAGAAAAAUUAAUAAAAUUUGCUCUUUUUUUAACUUAAAUGAUGAAGAAACAGUAUUGAUAUCCCCUGACAAUAAUUAUAUCACUUUUUAUUGUAAAGAGUAUCUAGCAAUAUAUUAAACUAUCAAUAUUAAGUAAUUGUAGAAAAGAUAUAGAAUACCACAUAAGUUAGAAAAUUUUUAAAAUGUGAUUGCAGCUAUUUCGAACAAUUUCAAAUUAUUUGCUUGUACAAGUAAAUUCACUACUCAUAUUUGGAAUAUUAAAGAACUAAAUUAAAUAUAGUAUUUAGGGGUUUUAGAGUCAGAUGAAUAUGAAAUAACAAUUUUGAAAUUUUCAAAUGAUUGUUAAUAUUUAAUAUCGUAUGCUGCUUAGAGCCAUAUUUUUUUAAUAUGGGAUAUGAAAUAAAUGAAAUUAAUAAAUAAAUUUACUAGUGAGCAUUAUAUAUCUAGCUUAAUAUUUUCUUCUGAUGGAUAAGUUUUAGUAUCACAUUCUAAUUACAAUAUAGUUUUUUGGGAUAUUUCAAACAUUCAAAAGCCAAAUAUUAUUACGAAAAUUGAAACUCAAUGCACAAUUAACUUUUUAAUUGUAUCAAAAAAAUAAGGACAUAUUAUUUAAUAUGUUAAUGAAAAAAAAUUUAUAAUUUGGAAUAUUUAAAAUUAUAAAGUAAUUUAAGAUUUUGAGAAAGAGUCUAGUUUUGCAAUUUUUAAUGAUGAUGGCAAUAAAUUUGCUACAUAUCAUAGAGGAAUUGUUGACAUUUGGAAAUUAUAAGAGAAUAUUUUUGUAAUGGAGUACUCCCUUGAAGUUCUAAAUAAACUCCUAUUUUUUAGCUCAAAUAAUGAGGAUGUCUAACUUUUAAAGAAUAACCAUAAUUAUAAAAUAUUACUUUAAGAAUUAUUAACUUAAGAUCAUUAGUUUUGUCAAAAUCAAUAAUUAGAAAAUGAAGGUUUUUAAUUAAUUUUGACAGUUGAAAACGAAUAUAUAGAAAUUUAGAAGAUAGAAGGAUAAAGCUUCUAUUAUAUUUAAAAAUAAACAAUAAUAGAAGCUGUUUUCUCUUCAGAUUCCUCUAUUUUAUGUUUUGCAACUGAAAAAAAAUAAAUCAUUAUAAUGAAUAUUUCUAAAACAGAAAUUAUAAGUCAAAUUAAUAUUGAUACUAGUGAAAUUUGUCGUAUAUAAUUAUCUGAAGUGGAUGAUAUUUUAGCAGUAGCGCAUGAAAACAAAGACUAGACCAGGAUUGAUUUAUAUACAAUUAAGGAUCGAGAAAAUCCUUGCUAUCUUCAAUCCACUGAAUGUUUCGGUAUUCCUCACACAAUGUUAUUUAUGAAUAAUAAUUAAUAUCUUAUAAUAGGGGUCUAUUACAUAAUUUAACGCUUUGAUCUUGAUAAUUUUAAAUAACCAAAAUUAGUGGGUUUUUAAAAUGAACGGAAUGAAUUUAUUUAGCAUUUAGAUGGAUAGCAUCUAAUAUUAGUUAAAGAAAGAUAAAUUUGUUUUUUAACUACAUAUUCUAUCCUUAAUAUUUCUGGAAUUAAUAAGUUUCAGUAUUUAGAUUAUGUAUGGUGUUUUUUUUAAAUAAAAACUAAGAAGAUAUAGAUUUUUUAUAUUCAAGGAAGUAACUUUUAUUUAAAGAAAAUUAAUACUAUUACAAAUUAAGGCUAUGAGACAAUUCAAUAACUUAAUUACAAUUUUUCUGUACAUUAUAUCCUACCAAGAAAUACAUCAGAUUUAUGGAUAUUUAAAGUAUAUGAAGGGAAGCCACAAUUUAUAAUUUUUGAUUCAAAAUAGAAUGCUAUAAUAAACAGAAUCGAUGAUGAAAUCGAAGAUAGAGGUACAUUAUGUAAUUUUUCAAUGUCAGAAGAUGAUUAAUAUCUUGUGAGUGCUUAUGAUGAUUCUAAUAUUAAAGUUUGGGAUAUGAAAACUUAUAAGCUUCUCUUUAAAUAAAAGAUGAAUACGGAUUCUUUAGAUAGAGUCUUGAUAUCGAGUAAAGGCAUGUUGAUAAGUUGUUAUAUGAGCAAAUUAAAAGUUUGGAACUUUAAAGCAUUAAGGCAAUAAUAGAAUUUUCAAUUUGAUGGACAUAGUUACGCAAUAAAAAAUAUAUUAGUUUCACCAGAUGGUUUAGUAUUAGCUUCUGUAUCAAAAAGUGGAAUAAAAUUUUGGGAUUUAGAAGAAUUAAAGUUUUUGAAUGAAUUCGAAGUUGAUGAUUUAUCUCCUUUUGCUUGUAAAUUUAAUAAUGAUGGAACAUAUUUUGCAUUUCAAAAUGAUUUAUAUAAAGGGGUAGUAGUGGUAUUUAAAUUCAUGAGCAAAUAUAUUAUUGAAAAAUUUAUUCUAAAAUCAGAAAUGAGAAGAUUUGAAUUUUAUUUUACCUCUGAUUCUUAACAAAUAGUCGAAAUUGUUGAAGAAAGUAUCAUUUUUUGGAAUCUUAAAGAAGCAGAAAAAUUUUGUAAAUUGUCCUCUUAUGUUUCCAAUUAACAACCAGUCAUAGAAUUCACUUUUUCAAAUAAUUGCAAAUAUGCCAUAGCUCAUAAAAAGUUCUAAAUAUAUGAAGUAAAUUCUGAAAUGAAAUUGACGGAAAUAAAAUUUAAGGACUAUUUUGAAAGUGAAGUUAGGAAAUUUUGCUUAUCAAAUCGUUUAAAUAUGGUUGCAAUAUAAUUUGAUUAGAGAGAAAUAUUUUUAUAUUCUAUAAUGUAAAUGGUUAUCAUCAAAAAAAUUGAAUGCAAUGAUGAAAUAAUAUAAUUCUAUUUCUCUUUAAAUGACGAGUUAUUGAUAUUACUAUGUAGGUAAGAAUAUUUGGUUUUCAAAGUUGAUAAUAUUCCAAUUAUUGAAAUAAAAAGAGUAGAGAUUGCUUCGGAUGAUAAGUUUACUAACAUAUUUCCAUUCUAAGAGAAUUAAUUUAUCUUUUUCUAAAAAUAAUAUAUUCAAAUUUUUUAGAAUUUAUAAUUAUUCAACAAGCUUCCUGUUGAAAAGAUUGAAACUGUUCAUGCUUUUUGCACAAAAGAUAAAUUAUUAGCAGUUGCAUAAAAUAGAAAGAAAACAAUUCAUAUAUAUGAAUUAAAAAAUCCAAAUGAAAUCAAGGAAUUAUCUACAUUGUAUAAUGUUAAAGUAAUUAAAAGUUAUGCUCAACAUUGUAACUCAGCAAUUUAGUUUUCCUAAAAUUGUUAAUUCUUAAUAUCAUUAGGAAAGGACAAAAUAAUUAGAAUAUGGGAUAUUAAAAAUACAGAAUCGAUUCAGUUACGAUUUUUAAAAAAUAAUAUUUCUGUAAAUGCUUUCAAGAUUUUAUAAGAUCACCAAAUAGGAUUGAUUGGGAAUGAUAAUUCAUUUUACAUUGAAGAUUAUAAUUCUAGUAUUUUGCUUGCCAUUUUUAAAGAAUAUCCUAUAGUUAAUCAAGAACAACGUUUUCUGAUGGUGUCAUCUGAGGGAACAUAUUCAAUAUAUUUUAUAUAUUCAGAUUUUCUGACUAUUUUUAUUUAUGACUAAUUCAGAUAAUUAAUUAAUUAAAAAACUCAAAUUAAUUCAGAGUAUCUUAGGUCAAUUAGUUUUCUUGAUUCAUAAACUUUAAUUUGGUAAGAUGAGACUUAAAAAUAUAUUUGGAAAUUCUUAAUAAAUAAAGAGUAUCAAUUUAAUUUGUAGGAAGAUUUUUAACAUUUAAAAUAUUCCCAAAACCAAUAGGUAUAUUUAGGUGUAAGUGGUAACAGAAAAAUAUUGGGAAUCUAUAAUAGUUAGACUGACAAACUGAUAACUGAACCAUAAUUCUUUCAAUGUUCAAUAACUGAAGGUUGUUUUUCUCCUUGUGGUGAGAAAUUUAUCAUAGCUCUUAAAGAUGGAUCUAUAUAAUUAUUUAAGUUUGAUUCAAACAAUAUAGAUAAUUGUAAGCCACCUAUUUGUUAUAAAGUAUUUGCAAAAAGUUCUCCAUUUCUUGCAAAUAAUUGCCAAAUAAAUGGAUCAUUCUUUACAAGUACUGAAAAUGAAAAUCUAGAAUCAUUAUUUUUAGAAAAAGGAGCCGUAAAUAAAUGA